AUGCUUCAACAAGAGAACCAAAACCAGCUUGUUUCUUCUUUAUCAACUAUUCAUCAGAAUGAAGAGAAGAGUGAGCAUCACAAUCGGGAACAUGCUCCGACUGCGGAAGAGGAUAUUCUAUUGCAUGGAGCUCCUCAACUCAAGAAGAGGAAAAGUAACAAAAAGAAGAAGGAGAGAAAGAAUGAAUGGAACCCAAAGAAAACUCCACAAAGAGAUAUUGAAAAAACCAACAAGAUGUUCGAAGAAUAUUAUUUCAAACAACAAAAGGUGGUAGAAACGGAGGAAGAGUUGAACGAAAUGUUGAAUGCAUGCCGUUCUCCAUUACCAAUUACAUUCCGAGUGAACCAAUCAAUCCCAAAGCAAUACCAAGAAAAGUUGAAGCAAAAGAUUAAACUUUUUUCUGAGAAUAUCAAGAAUAUUAGAAUUGAUAACUCUGCAACAGCCCAGUUUUUAUACAAGUCGAGUACAGAUUCGGAAAAGCCAAGCGAGCCUGAAUAUGCCUCGUUGGAACCUGUAUCAUUUAUUGCCGAUGAGUCUAUUUGGCAAAUGUCAGAUGCAAUCACAAAAGAAUUGCUAAGAAAGCAACCUGAACUUGCUCAAUUCAGAGACUUUCUGAUGAGAGAAACUGAAAAAGGUAAUCUAAGCAGACAAGAAGUUGUCAGUAUGCUUCCACCAUUGAUGUUUACUAAUUGGAAACCAUCAGAUAGAGUGUUAGAUAUGUGUGCUGCUCCUGGAUCGAAAACUGCUCAGUUAGUUGAAUUAUUAUACCAAAGCGGUGGUGGAGAUUCAAAAAAUAUAACUGGAUUUGUGAUUGCAAACGAUAAUGAUGUAAAACGAGCUUAUUUAUUGGUUCAUCAACUUCAACGAUUGAACUUUUUGUUCCCUCAUGUGAUUAUUACAAACCAUGAUGCGACCAAGUUCCCUCAAUUCCAUACCGAACCCAAAUUACAGUUUGACAAAAUUUUAUGUGACAUCAUGUGCAGUGGAGAUGGUACCAUUAGAAAGUCUCCAACAACAUGGACGCAGUGGAAGGCUAAUAUGGGUCAUGGUUUGCAUAAGUUGCAAGUGGAUUGUGUGCUGAGAGCUGUCGAGCUGUUAAAAGUUGGAGGAGAGAUCGUAUACAGCACAUGUGCUCUAAAUCCAGUUGAAGAUGAGGCAGUUGUUGCUGAGGUAAUACGAAGAACCAAAGGAAAGCUUGUAUUACAGGACCUUUCUUCAAGAUUUCCAUCUUUAAAGUAUAAGCCAGGUAUGACUACAUGGACAGUUGCUUCAAAGAAGGGUGUUACCAUUCCAACUUACGAAGACGCCUUAAAAUUAAAUUUAGACAACAGGAUUGUUGAAAGCGAAUUUCCAAAGGAAGACGUAAAAAGCAUGAACAUACAUUAUACGAUGAGAAUUUUACCUCAUCAAAACAAUACUGGAGGUUUUUACAUUGCUCAUUUCAAGAAAGUUGGCGAGUUAGACGAGCCAGUCGUCCAACUUUGCUCAGAUACACCUAAUGAAAAGAUCAAACAGUUCAAAGGAAGAAAUGUUCAAAAAGAUACAAUCCAAUCGAUGGACCCAGAGAAACUUAACUCUAUUUUAGAUUUUUACGGCUUUAAUAAGGACGCAUUUACAAAUGAACAAUUUUGUUUGAGAAUGUCAGAAAACUCAACUGGAACUGAUGGAGUAAGAAAAGUCAUAAAAGUGGAGCUGAACUUGGCCAACUUUAUUAACUUUUUGGUUGAGUAUCAAAUUUCCACAGAAUCCAUCAGAGAAAAUGAUCAAUCAGUUGAAGCGGAAAAGAUUACAUCCAUGCAGCCAGGUGGUGUUUUGGUGAAAUUGAAAGAUUGUGAAGAGAGCAGUCAUGACGACAUUUUUGCGAUCGGAUUUAAGGGCGAACAUACUCUUUCAAGACAUGUUAAAUUUGAGCACAUACCAGUGCUUUUGAAAUCCAUUGGAUGCACUCUCGAACCCAAAAAGAAAAAGGAAACAAAGGAAACAAGUUCAUGUGAUGUCCCUCCUGUCGAUGAAGAUGACACUGUAGACCCCAAAAUUAAGGGUGAUGAUGAGUAA